GGUCAAAGUUAUGGCCGCCAUUCCCUCAUUUCGCAGAAAUCUGUGGCCACGCCAUUGCUUGCCUUCGGCGCGUGAUCUCGUGCGCAGUAUAGUUGUCUCAUCAAAAUCUCCGUUGUCAACCAAGGACAUCUACCAUUUAGCCUUAAAACAGACCGCAAUUCAACUUGUGUCAGACGAGUCGCCAGAGCACAAUGUGCCGAAGAAGGAGCAUCCGACUAUCGUGCGUGGAAUGUUAAAGCAGCCCUCUACGCGGCCGCCUCAUCCAGAGCAUGCUGUACGGUCUCUACAGUAUUUAAAGAGAGUGGUGCUCCCUGACUUAGUGAACUCGAAGGAGAUUGAGAAGUUCUGCACCAAGCGAACACUCUCGCAAGCGGAAAUUGACCACCGGCUUCAGACGGUGACUAAAGCUGCGCGCAAGGAACAGUCUGCAUUACUCGCUGCACCGAGAAACACUUGGUUGUGGAAAACGAGGACGCCACCUCCUCCACUUAAGCCCUUGCCCGUCUCUACCCUCUCGAAGUCGGAAUUACUGGGUCUGCCUCGGCUCACGGCAGCCGAUGUAGGUGUUGGGGAGGAUUGGAGUCAUUUGAACAAGCGAAGGCGACGCGCGAGGAAGGAAAAGGUCGAGCGUGAUUUGAAGUGGAUGUGGACACUGCAGGCCGCGAAGAGGGAAGCCGCACGGGAGGUAUUGCAACUCAGUGCUCCAGCUUCAUAGUUUGCAACAUGCUGCAGAUCAAUUUACUAUUUCCAGUACUGCCUUCCUUUGUUUGAUUAUUUUUUUCGAAUCAGGGAAAGGUUUUUCAGAUCG